GGAAAGAGGAGCAGCCCACCUUGAAAGUCCUCCCCCGGCUUUUCUUCUCCGGUGCCCGCCGUUUGCUUCAAUUCCGUUUUCUUUUUUUUUUCUUUUGCGUCAUACUGCAUCCUUUCUUCGUUUUUAUUUAUUUUUGUUAUUUGUUACGUUUCUUCCACUGGCCAUCCUUUUCGUCGAUACUGCUUUUACUCUUGCGCAACACACCACCACCACCACUCCCACUGCUGCAGAUCACGGGCUGACAUCACCACCACCAGAUCCCAGCAAAAAGACAUCGUCUCCAAUGGCAGCAGCAGCAAUCUAGCCAAGACACGCCACACGCUCCCCCGCCAUUAAUAUACCACUAUACAACAUCUAAAUAUAUCCAUCCACUAUAAACCCUUCCCGGUUCCCUCAUAAUGGCAGCCUCACAAGACCCGGAAAAGGCAUCGCCGCCGCCAGCAACUACGGAAGCAGCACCUACAACAACGAAAGCAGCGAUCCCAUUCGACCCAGAGCACCAUGAGGAGCCGCACCCAACAGACAUUCACUCCGUGUCCGACGGCUCUGAAUCUCACGACAAGCACGAAGACGACAUCGAGGCCCAGCGCGACGAGCACGAUGACCCGACUCACCAUGUAGAGGGCAACCUUGGCGGCGUCCUCUCUCGCUCUCAGUCCCGCGCCUCAUCCACACGCUCCCGUCCUAUUGUCAUUGUCCCCCGCGACAAGAGACGCGGCUUAUUUGGCCGCUUCGGUCUCAUCCCCGAAGUCGAGCGUCCUGUCGAUUACCUCCGAUCUACCAAAUGGACCAUUACCCUUGUCGUUGCGGCCGCCACGGCUGCUGCCCCUCUCGGCUCAUCCAUCUUCUUCCCUGCCCUCAACUCCAUCAAGAAUGAGCUCCACGCAGACAAGACCGUCACCAACUUGUCCGUCGCCCUCUACAUGCUGGCCAUGGCCAUCUUCCCACUCUGGUGGUCCGCACUCUCAGAACAGUUUGGCCGCCGCUCUAUAUACCUCGUCUCCUUUGCCCUGUUUACCGUCUUCUCCGUGCUCUGCGCCGUCAGCACCAACAUCACCAUGCUCGUCGUCUUCCGCAUCUGCAGCGGCGGCGCCUCCGCGUCCGUCCAGUCCGUCGGCGCCGGAACCAUUGCCGAUCUCUGGGAGCCUGCUGAGCGCGGCCGCGCCAUGAGCAUCUACUAUCUCGGUCCGCUGCUUGGACCGCUGCUCGCCCCCAUCAUCGGUGGUGCUCUAGCUCAGGCCUUUAACUGGCGAGCGACCAUGUGGCUCCUGGCCAUCUUUGGCCUCAUUGUCUUUGUCAUGCUUCUGUUUAUGCUUCCCGAGACUCUCUUGCGCAAGCCCGAACCCGAGGCGACGGCCGCACCGCUGACGCGCACCACCACCGUCGAGAGCGUCAAGAAGAACUCCAAAAAGAUCGUCGUCAACAUCAAGCACUUUGUGUUUGACCCGCUCAAGGUCCUGGCCUUCCUGCGUUUUCCGCCUGUGCUCAUGACCGUCAUUAUCGCCGCCAUUGCCUUUGGCGCGCUCUACAUUGUCAAUGUCGCCAUCCAGCAGCGCUACUCGGAGGAACCGUACCACUUUGCAACCAUCAUCAUUGGCUGCAUGUAUCUGCCCUCGGGUGCUGGAUACUUUAUCUCGUCCGUCUUUGGAGGCCCGUGGAUCGAUAGAAUCAUGGCCCGCGAGGCCCGCAAAGCCAACCGCUACGACGAAAAGGGCAAACUCGUUCUUCUACCUGAGGACCGCAUUCGCGAGAACAUGUGGCUGGCCAUUACGACCUAUCCGCUGUCGCUACUGCUCUUUGGAUGGACGCUGCAGCAUGGCAUCCUCUGGGUAGCCCCGGCUAUUGGCGCAUUCAUCUUUGGUCUCUCCUCCAUGCUCGUCUUUUCCUGCUCAACAACCAUGCUUACAGAAUUCGUCCGCAAGCGAAGCUCGUCUGGUGUCGCCGUCAACAACUUUGUCCGCAACACCCUCAGCUGUAUCGGUACCGUGGUCGCCUCGCCCUGGAUCACCGCCUGGGGCUACGGCUGGGUGUUUACAGCAACGUGCAUCUUUUGCAUGCUCGUCAGCUACACUUGUGUCAUCUUGCUUCUGCGAAAUGCCACCAAGUGGCGCAAGAACAUGGACAUUAAGCUAGGGCAAAUAUAGAUGUGCUUCCACAAUGCUGGUGGACGAAACAACACCCAUACACGUAUAUAUCAAGGAUCUACAAGUCGAGAGAAGGACGUAUACAAUCUGUCCAAACCCUCGACCUACCGCAUAUACCCUUUUACGACUCCUUUUUUACGCUUCAAAAUUGCAUAUAGCCACAUUUACAUCAUAUAGAACCAUAGCCAUCGUUACUUAAUAGCAUUGAUAUUUGCGUUGUUUUGUUGAU